AUGAACAAAUCUGACAAGAUGAGUACUUCUGAUGUUGAUGAAGAAAUUGAGUUUGUUAAUAAAGACCUCAAGAUACAGGUAAAAUGUCCUAUUUGCCAUUCCCAGAUGCUAGAAGACGUCUACCAAACAGGCUGCUGUGGAAAGCUCGCUUGUCACACAUGUGACAGUAGACUUAAGAAAGAUGGGAGCAAUUGUUUUAAUUGUAGAGAGCAAUACAAAUCACAUCCUGAUAAAAAUGCACGGGGGCUUAUUCAGGAUCUGAAAAUGCAUUGUCCCAAUGCAAAAAAGGGCUGCAAAUGGAUUGGAGAAGUACGUGACCGUAAAAAUCAUAUUAAGAAAGGAGAAAGAGAUGGAGAUAAAGUUUGUAAAUUUGAAGUCAUUGAAUGCUGCUAUGGCUGCAAAAGAAAAGAUACAAGAAAAAACAUGGAUAAGCACGAGCCAGAUUGCCCAGAAAAGCCCUACAAGUGCCAGUAUUGCAAAGAAACAAUCAAGCAAAAGGACGAAGAAAGUCAUAUGAAGAGUGAAGUUCCAAAGCAUUUAGAAUGUGCGUUUGAUAAAUUUACACAAGAAAUACAAUCCCAGAAAAAAGAAAUAGUAAAUAUGAAAUUAGAAAUGCAGGCCAGUGAAUCAACAAGAUUAGUAACAGAGUUACAAAAUCAAGUAACAGAAUUGCAAAAUCAGGAAACAAGAUCACAGAAGGAAAAUAGAGCAUCACAAAAUGAAAUAACGCAAUUGAAUAAUAGAGUUGCUGAACUUGAAGGGCAACUGCAACAGUUGCAAGCCAGAAGAGGAUUGUUCUCUUGCCUAUUUUGUCGACGUCCUCCUAAUAACUAA